CAGUGUUGUGGCCCAAGACAGCAUCUUGCAAUACACACCAGACCCGAAAGGAUGGCGAGCCUCGCGGGCGUCAGUCUCCCGGCCGUUGGCGAGGAGUUCUCGCGACCGAGGCCGGCGGCAGCUUGGCCAGAGAAAUCCAGCGUGGCUCCUGCGCCGAAGCAACCUUCGGCCCCAAAGAUGACCCGCGGGCGACCCAGUGCGGGCAGGUGGCUACAUCAUUCGGUGCCGCGCCAGCCGCCUGGCGACCCCCCCGCUGGCAGGAUCUGUAGGCCCCUUGGUCUUUGUCCUCCCGAGCCUCCAGCUUCAUUGACAUUCAGCCGCCUUCCGGAGACGAAGGGCCUCUUCACGGGGAUCUCCAAGCUGCGCCCCGGCAUCCAGUUCAUGUCGCCCGAGUUGUUGCCCAGAAUUGAGUUGACUAGCGAUUCGGCAAUGAGCAACCACACGAACGACAGCGAGUUGACCUCCGAUCUCUUCGAGGAUUCCCCGAAGUCUUCCAAGGCGGGCAUGAUCUUCCAUCGGACCAGCGGGAUCGCCAGCGAGGAGCGGAACGCCGCUUUGCCACGAAUCACCCGUCCCCGCGGCCAGCCCGUCCUGCCAGAGGGCACGCCGCCCGACCUCGACGACCGCACGAGGUCCCCGUGCCGCGCGGGCCCGAACCAGCUCGGCAGUGAACUGACGGGGCGGCCCGCGCGCCCAGACGCCCGUGCCGCGCGGGCCCAGACCGACCCUUUCAGCGCCGGGAGGUCGCUGUCGGCGAGGGGCAGCAGGCGCCCGUGCAAUUCGUGUUAG